UUGGAAAAAGUUUAAGUUUAUUUAUACUAGUCCUAGCUUCGAUAAUAAGUGUAUUAGGACAGACCGACGAAUGUGCUGUAGAAACCAAAUCCGAGGAUCAUCUCUCUGACGAGGAUGCAGAUAAAAUGUAUAUAACUAAAGAUAAUGAUGUAAGCGAUCAAGAAGUUUUGGAACCAAUGACAAAUAUGUCAUUAAAAAAUAGUUCUCUGCAUAAAACGACUAAACUCAAUUGUUUAACCGAUAAAAUUUAUGGAUCGGUGGAAUUAGUCAAUGCGACAAGACUUAUGGAAUUGCUAAUCUUAGAGCCUGGACCAUCAAAUCGAACUAGGAAUGAUCAAAAUGGUAGACAACAACCAGGAACAUGCGUGCUAGUUUUGUUUUAUGCUAGAUGGUGUGUUUUUAGUAGUCAAGCAGCACCGCACUUCAAUGCAUUGGCAAGAUUAUUUCCUCACAUUAAAUGCGUAGCUAUAGAUGCGAUAAGACAUCAAAGCUUCAAUGCACAAUACGGCAUAGUAGGAGUACCAACAUUGAUGCUAGUACACAAUGGGAAACCCAUAGCUAAGUUUAAUGGCACCGUUUACAAAUUGGAGUUAUUCGCAAGACUUAUUAUGCAUUUUACUGUAUUUUAUCCGAGUAGUUUUUUGUUGGUUACAUCUGCAGACUUCAGCGGUCCAGUACCUAGCACACCUUCCAAUGAAACCGAUUAUUGUUUAGUACUAUCUUGGAUUUUCAUUGCUGCAUGCGCUUUAUAUUUUACAUCUAAAAGCAGAUGGUGGCAACAAUUCAUUGAAUUAGUUCAAAAUACAUGGCGAGAAAGUAACGCGCAGCACGAGCACGUUGAUUAGCUUUCUUUUAUUUUUCUAUUUCUUAUUUAUUUCCAAGCAAUAUGUUGUUUAUCCAACUAAGAAAGUUUGACUUAAAGUAAUAGUAUUGUCAUAUUAUUUGAUAAGUAAUAAAAAUAUAUGUUUAUUAUUCUUUAAAAGCAAAUAAUA